CCAAUUAGAGCUGAUCAGCAACAGCUGUUCCACCUGCAUGAUGGGAGGUAUUUAUUAAACUUGCAUGUGGCACUGGCAGAACUUUUUCCUGGUGACUGGAGCGAUGGGAUCUGUCUGGGCCUUGCUUAUUUGUGUGCUGACUGCUUGGCUUGCCAAAGGCUUUUGUUUGCCGGUUGGUGGGACAAAUGAAAGACGUGAAAAUGGACAGCAGAGAAGAAUAACGGAUCUGUUUCCCAAUGAGGUCUCCAUACAGAAGGCCCUUGCACUUUUCCAGUCAAUGGAGUCCAUGUUAGAGGGAGAUGCUAAAGAAGUGCAACUGGAAACCAAUGAAGUGGAAGCUGAGGCAUCAGUUGGCCAACUGAAACAUCCUCUGAACAGCAUUGGCAAGAAGAACCAGACGGCCGGCGAAGGCGGCAUUGGCAAAAACAACCAGACGGCUGGCGAAGGCGGCAUUGACAAAAAGAACCAGACGGCCGGCAGGGCCAGCGCCAGCCAGGAGAUCCAUAUGAGCAGCAGCAGUGGCCCUGAGAGCCAGACGGCCGGAGGCAUUAGCAAGGAAAACCUGAUGGCCAGCGGCAUUGGCCAGGGGAACCAGACGACCAGCGGCGGUGGCAUUGGCCAGGGGAACCAGACGACCGGCGGCAUUGGCCAGGGGAACCAGACGACCGGCGGCAUUGGCCCUGGCAAGAAGAACCAGACGGCCGGCGACAGCGGCCAUGGCAAGGAAAAUCAGAAGGCCGGCGACAGUGGCCCUGGCAAGGAGAACCAGACGGCUGGCGACAGCGGCCAUGGCAAGGAAAAUCAGAAGGCCGGCGGCAGUGGCCAGAAGAACCAGACUGACGGCGACAGCCUCAGGGGCAAGAAGAACCAGACGGCCGGCGAAGGCAGCAUUGGCAAAAACAACCAGACGGCUGGCGAAGGCGGCAUUGACAAAAAGAACCAGACGGCCGGCAGGGCCAGCGUCAGCCAGGAGAUCCAUAUGAGCAGCAGCAGUGGCCCUGAGAGCCAGACGGCCGGAGGCAGUGGCAUUGGCAAGGAAAACCUGAUGGCCAGCGGCAUUGGCCAGGGGAACCAGACGACCAGCGGCGGUGGCAUUGGCCAGAGGAACCAGACGCCCAGCGGCCGUGGCAUUGGCCAGGGGAACCAGACGGCCAGCGGCAUUGGCCAGGGGAACCAGAAGACCGGCGGCAUUGGCCAGGGGAAUCAGACGACCGGCGGCACUGGCAAGGAGAAUCAGUCGGCUAGCAGUGGCAAGGAGACCCACACAGCCGCCAACGGCGGCCCUGGCAAGGAGAACCAGACGGCCGGCGACAGCGGCCCUGGCCAGAAGAACCAGACUGACGGCGACAGCCUCAGGGUCAAGAGGAACCUGGCUGCCAACGACAGCCUCAGGGACAGCGUGGACAGCGUUAAGGGAGCUGUUCAUAAAGCCACAGAGAGGACACCUGAAGGUGAUGCAGCAGAUGUGGCAAAAGCGGUUAGAAAUGGAGUUGCAUUUGGUCUUGGAACCCCAGAACUGAUCACAAACCUCACUGUGUCCACAUCAGGGUCUCACACGGUCACAUUGAGUGUCCAUUAAAAAGUAGGGAAUGGAUGUGAGGAACCAUGCAAGAGUAUAUUUUGCAUAUAGGAUGUUUCUGCAUGUACCUGCUUUUAUGCAUCUGCUUUAAAUAAAACUCUUAACUGAUAUCAUAUA